AUACACUACAGUUGAAAGACUUGAAUAGAUAUAAACUACGUCUGACAGCAGCGUGGAAAUAUAGCAAAAGAUCUAUAUAACUACUGUCACCGUUCAAAAAGAUUCAACAUGGCUUUGCUUCCUCCUGGUGGUCUUCCGGAGAUAGUCUUCUCCUUUGACACAACCGGCUCCAUGAGCAGCUGUCUCGUCGAAGUCAGAGGUCGACUCCAGGACAUGAUACAGCGGCUCCAGGCUGACAUACCCGCCAUCAGAAUUGCCGUCUUCGCACACGGGGACUAUUGUGACAAACACAACUACAUCACAAAGUGGAUCGACUUUUCCACAGACGUUAAGGAACUAUGUGACUUUGUAAACAACGUCAGCAGCACUGGAGGCGGAGACUCGGACGAAUGUUACGAACUCGUUCUCAGACAAGUUGGGGAGGAGUUGUCAUGGACACCCGGAUCCAAUCGUGCCCUCGUCAUGAUCGGGGACGCCAACCCCCAUGAACCAGACUACCCCGACAACAAACUCAAGAUAGACUGGAGGGAGGAGAUUCAAACUCUCAAUAAAAUGGGAGUGAAGAUAUAUGGGGUAGAGCGUGGAUGUGGCAGCAUGGAAUUCUACAAGAGAAUGUCACAGGAGACAGGGGGACGCCAUCUUCAACUCGACAGCUUUUCCAAUGUCUUCGACUUCCUCAUGGCCAUCUGCUACAGGGAGCACGGGGCAGAUAUGUUUGAUGUGUACGAGAAAGAAGUUCGAACUCGUUGUGGUGAAGGUGCCCUCAGCAAAGACAUGGAAGGAAUGUUUACCUCACUUCGUGAUGGAGUAGCCCCCCUUUCAUCGCCAAAGAAGACCACAACCGGUUGCAGUAAGAAAGAUGUAAAGAUCCCCACCUUAAAGAAAACUACAUCGAUCACAGCAGUUCGAAAGGCCAAGCCUAAAUCCAUCAGGAGACCAGGAACUAAAUCACUGAAGAAACCUACAAAGUUUGUGACACCUCUUCUGAGAAGAGAGGAAGUCUUUGAGAACAACUUCAGCUUGAGAAACAUGGACUGGUCACCGUGGGUCAAAGUUAUCUCCCCUGACGUUCCACUCAAACAGGAUGCACAAUGGGAGAAAAGACGGGGUGCCAACCCUGGAUUCAGAAAGAAGACAAUCUUCAAGUCUGAGAACAAUAAGCCAGCUCUCUAUGAGAUCGGUGUUCAGACCAUCCGGUACGGACGAAGGUGUGUGGUAUUCAGUAAAUUCUGCCACAACAUUCCUGAUAAUGUCAACUGGGAAACACGGCUCCUUGGAAACAAAAUUGUCAGAGCUCAGGUGAACAACGUUGUGUCUCAGGACUGCAGUGUCUAUGUGCGGAGGGUGGUGUAUAGAAGAGCAUUAUACCAUGCCAAAACAGCCUCCAUGAUAAAGUCCUAUGACUACGCAUGGAGACGUCUGAGGAGAUCACGAUCUACUGCUCGACAUGUGUUCAAACAAGGCAGCACAAUUUCAUCAGACAAAGUAUAGAAUGUUUCUGAACAUUGACGCAAUACUAACAGAUACGGAGAUAUGGACAUUUUUCUUAACAUGCCAUAUAUCAAAGGACAUUCUGGAAAACACUGACACAUAAGAGGUUAAAUUCAUAAGUAUAUAACUUUGGAAAACAUUGAGAUCGAAUCUCAUAUCAUACAACUUGCCAGAUAUUUUAUGUAAAUGAGAGGGCAUGAUGUGUCAUUAAAGUGCGUGAAUGAGAAUGUGUGUGUUCUACCGAAUGAUGGACAGAUGAACGUUAUUUUCCUGUUAUGUGAAACGCUGUAUAUAUUUGAUUGUUCAUAUUACGCUGAUAUAAAUUCAUAUCAUUCAUUGACCUACAGUCUAUACUUCAUUUUAACAUGUGCAAUAUCAGAAUAAGAAUGAAUAAAACAAACUAAUAAGACUUGCAUAAACUUUAUUUUCUUUGAAAAUGUGUACUUACAAGAGUGCGUCCUCCUGCCCCCGAAACGUGGCGUUUGUUUCACACUGAAGACCUCAACUAUCCGUUGUCUCGAUUCAGUUUCAUUUAAUGCGCCCUGGCAUGGACAUAUAGCAACAUUCACUCAUAUCACAACCCCCCAAAUCCAGCCCCGACUUCCAUAUCUCUUUGAGUAAAGACAUCGUAAGGAACAAAACGAACAGCCGUUCUUGUUGUUACGCUUUCCAGCAUGAUAUUUCACUUACAUAGUCAAAAGAAUAUAGAAUGUAUUCAUGUUUCAUCUCAAUUGUGUACAAUGUAUUUACUGCACAUUUUGCAUGCAUUAUUUAGUCAAAAUUUGCAGUGAUGUGCUAUUCCUGUUCUCUGCAUCUAAUGUAUUGAGUUUGGAAAUUAAAUUGGUGUACAAUGAAAAUCAUAUAUAUAUAAUAAGAUCUAGCUAUGAGCACUCCUUUGCAUUUAUUCAUAUUCACAUGUCAUAUGAGUUUUAACUCCUAUAUUGUAACUCGCAUAUACUGAAACACUUAAUAUGUUAACAUCCAUGAACUGAAAUGCAUUGGGCUGUCCUCCCACCUUGAGAUGAGUUUGAUAACAUUACAAAUGUAAAUACCCGAAUACAUGCAUUAGGUGAAAAAAUAACGGUAUGACAUAAUUAAUAGGACCAAAUUGCAUCUUAUGUAACUGUUUUAGUUAUUAAUAUGUAUUUUAUUUCAUGAUAUUAAUCUGUAAUGAUUGUCAUUCAGGAAGACUUAAAGUAGUUCCAGCAUAAAGCGUUAUGUGUCACUCAACAGAAAUAUCGAUUUGUAUUUGGGAGUAAACAGUUUUUCAACACUUAAUACAUAAUAAUAACUGAUAUUUCAUAUGGAAGCAUGUAGCUAUAGUACUGCUAAUAACAUUUAUUUCAUGAAAACUAGACCACGUUUUGCAGUUAUUUUGAGUCACUAGGUUAAGGUUGUUGUUUUUUAAAACGUAGGAUCAGUGGUUGAAAUAAAAUUAAAAUACUAAAUCAUAAUUUAAGUGUUUUCAGGAAGUUAUUGUCCUCGUGAUGAAAUAAAGA